AUGAAGAUCGUCAAAGUCAUGUUGUUGAUGUUUGCUGUAUCGUUGGGAUGGGGACGCGAUCUUGAGCCUCAAAACACGAGGAAACAACCACAGGUAAUGAUUCUCUCUUCUGUCUCUUUGACUUUGGUAGAGUCGAAAUAAUACGGUCUACUGACACAUGCAGAAAGUCUGUCGACUGUAUCUAUUGACACGUAAUAUUCAGGAUCAUUCAAUGCUUCUUCUCUGUUGAACAGAUCGACCGAUUUACCCAAAAAGAAUUCCAUCGCAUGUACUUAAAGCCCAUCAUUUUGAUUUCGCGAUUCACCUAAAAGAGGUUUUUAUCAGAGCUUUUCUGGAUUUCCUUUCGUGAGUUGUUUAUAUGUUGCCUCUCCUAAGGAGUAUCGAACACAUAAUGAAAUGUUCUUCAAGACUUUUAAGAUUAGUAAACCUCUGCAGGUUACUUCAGCUAUUUUUCUUAUGGUUCACUUUUGUGUCUUUCAUUUUUUGAUGAACAGCUUGUAUAUUACAAAUUCUUCACACCCAUGAAGCUGAUAGCAGAGGCCUCGUUCAUCCAUCACCACAACUCCAUCACUCCUCGUCUUCUCACCUUUCUUAGCGCUCCAAGCCACCUCUAUCGUCUGAUGAUUGUUCCUCUGAUUCCUCCUGGAGUCAUUGACGCAGAUGCUAAACUUGUCGUCAAGAUGGCGGUUGCUUUAGAAACAAAAUAUGGCCAAGCAGAAAGUGACCCCUCUUUCGCUGUUUCUGAUAGUAAUCGCUUCAUUGGUGUGCUAACAACUGAUAAAUUGAAUUACGCAUCUUAUAGUCCAUGUAGUGGUAUCGAAGGAGAUAGCGGGCUAACAAUAACGAAGCGUAAUGUAGAUAGCCCUCUCCCAAAGCCCUCCGAAUCCUAUUACCCAGGAAGAUUCGACAUCCAUCUGAGCCUGUCUGACAGGUGGGGAACCUGUUUCAUCUCGCACGAUGGCGGCUUUAGCAGAGAGAUGAUUUAUCAAAACAAGCUGAAUCCUGAAAAUGGCCUGUUCUUGGAGAUCUAUGGCGAUGACACAAAUGAAAAAGAAGGCAUCAAGUACAUUGAGCUGACCAUCCUACAGGAAAACUGA